UCAUGAGCCCUCAGUCCCGAUGGGAGCCUUGGAAGGAGUUAUGCAAAUACCAAAAUUCCUUGAGGGGUGGGUGUUUCUAGGCUGUAUUUGCAGGGUUACACCUGUGCCAGACUGAAGGGGAGGAGCUGGUACACCUGUGCAAGACUGAAGGGGAGGAGCCAGUACACCUGUGCAAGACUGAAUGGGAGGAGACCUGGAGCCUAGAGGGGAGGACACACUGGGAGGGUACACCUGUGCAAGACUGAAGGGGAGGAGCCUGUACACCUGUGCAAGACUGAAGGGGAGGAGCCGGUACACCUGUGCAAGACUGAAGGGGAGGAGCCGAUACACCUGUGCAAGACUGAAGGGGAGGAGCCGGUACACCUGUGCAAGACUGAAGGGGAGGAGCCGGUACACCUGUGCAAGACUGAAGGGGAGGAGCCGGUACACCUGUGCAUGACUGAAGGGGAGGAGCCGGUACACCUGUGCAAGACUGAAGGGGAGGAGCAGGUACACCUGUGCAAGACUGAAGGGGAGGAGCCGGUACACCUGUGCAAGACUGAAGGGGAGGAGCCGGUACACCUGUGCAAGACU